AUGCCCAAACGUGAUGCUCAUCUACAGUUUGCCAAAUGGGCCAAGGAAUACGGCCCGAUCUACAGCUUGAUGCUGGGUACUCAGUGCAUGAUUGUGCUGUCGAGUGACGAGGCGGUUAAAGCACUUCUGGAUAAGAAGAGCGGGAUCUACUCGGACAGACAGGAGAUGUACAUCGGACAGAGAGUGUGCAGCGGCGGUUUGAGACUGCUGAUGAUGUUCCGCAAGAUGGUCCAUGGGCUCCUGAAUGUGACCACCUCCAAAAGCUAUGUGGUGUACCAGGUGCUUGAAAACAAGCAAAUGCUUUACGAAUUCCUGACAGAGCCGGACCGGUUCCUGUAUCAUAUCCGUCGGUAUUCAAAUGCACUGACCACCACGAUGGUCUUCGGCUGGCGUACCCCAACCUACGAGGACCAGAAAAUGAAACAGCUAUUCGAUGGCUUUUCUGAAUUUGCAGAGCUCAACCAAGCCGGCGCUGCUGCCUUGAUUGACUUUUUCCCGUGGCUCAGGAAGCUACCGGACUUCCUUCUCCCAGUGCACAAACUCGCCAAGGAACUGCACAAGCACGAAAGGGCUCUUUACCUGGGCCACUGGCUUAAAGCAAAGGAAGACAUUCGAAAGGGCACCAUCAAACCCUGCUUCUGCGUCGGCAUGGCCGAGGCCCAAAAGUAUGACGGUUUCGACGAUGCUCAAGCUGCAUACAUCUCUGGGACAUUGCUAGAAGCCGGCUCCGACACCACCUCCAGUACCCUAUAUGCAUUUGUCCAAGCUAUGCUAUUGUACCCCGAUAUCCAGCGCCGGGCACAGCAGGAAAUCGACAAAGCUGUGGGCCCUGACCGCUUACCCGACAUGAACGACCAAGAGAGCCUCCAAUACAUCCGGGCAAUCAUGAAAGAAACGCUCCGCUGGAUGCCCACCACCAUCCUCGGCGCAGUCCCCCACGCCGUCACCCAAGACGAUCACUACAUGGGCUACCUGAUCCCCAAGGGCGCCGGCGUCAUGAACAACGUCUGGGCCAUCCACCACGACGAAAAACGCCAUCCCAACCCGCGCGUCUUCGAUCCGGACCGCUACAUCAAUGACCGCCAAAGCCUCGGAGAAUCCGCAGCGAAUCCCGACGGCACGAAGCGCGAUCAAUUCACAUUCGGUGCCGGUCGCCGCAUCUGCCCUGGCAUCCACGUCGCCGAGCGCAGUCUUUUCCUCGGCAUGUCUCGCAUCCUGUGGGCGUUUGACAUCGCGCCGGCUCCUGACGCGCAGGGACGGCCGAUCAUGCCGGAUCCCGACCGGCUGACGCAGGGCUUCGUGUGCAUGCCGGAGGAGUUUCCGGCCAAGAUCACGCCGAGAUCGAAAGAGCGGGCGGACAUCGUGACUCGGGAGUGGAAGGCGGCGGAGAAAACGUGCUUGGAUCCGGAGACGAAACAGUGGCUUUUGCAUCCUAUUGAUUCAUGA